AUGCUUCUGGAAGGAAGUUGUGCGACAUGCAAUACCUCAAGUGCUCCCAGUUUCGGGCCUUUUUCACAAAUGAUGACGUUGAUGUCAACAGUAUUGAUGACGUCGCAAUGUUUUUUGUCCUCUACUGACAAAUGGCCCGCGGAUUAUGGACAAAAACUGAAACAUUUCCAUCCAAAAGAUGUCCCAAGGUACGAUUUUAUCAUUGUUGGUGCAGGAACUGCCGGAAGCAUCGUCGCCAAUCGUCUUUCGGAGAACCCUAAAUGGAAAAUUUUACUCAUCGAAGCUGGCGGAGAUCCUCCCGUGGAAGAACAAGUCCCUGCUUACAUGUUUCAAGUGAUAAACAACUUAAAUUACACGUGGCGCUAUAAAACCGAGGUGUCAGAUCAUGCCUGUUUAGGGUCCGUAAAUGGUUGUGCAUGGCCCAGAGGGCGCUUAUUAGGGGGAUGCAGUGCAAUUAAUGCCAUGGUUUAUGUUCGUGGCAACCGAAAAGACUUUGAUUUGUGGGAAGCGCAAGGAAAUCCGGGCUGGGGAUGGAAUUCCGUGUUAAAAACCUUCAAAAUGCUCGAAGAUCCGCGUCACAUGAACCUUUCAACGUCUGGCAAGAACCCGGUGAAGCUCGAUUCGUAUGGCAGUCGAAUCCCGAUCAAGGAAAUAAUUUUCAAUGCAGCGAAGGAAAUUGGUCAUGGCAUGCUGGAACAACUUGAGGAUGAGAGAUUUUUAGGUUUUCAAAAUUUACCCGGGACUUUGGACUAUGGAACAAGAAAUAGCAUGGCAAAAGCGUUCCUUGCCCCCAUUAGGGAUCGCCCGAACUUGCAUGUGAUUAAAAAUGGCUACGCAACGAAACUUCUUUUCACGAAAAAUCAAAAAAGGGCAAAAGUUGUGAAAUUCCGGAUCAAUAACCAAUCAUUUAAAGUCCAAGCUACGAAAGAAAUAAUUCUUUCUGCUGGAGCGAUAGGCUCCCCCAUGAUCCUAAUGCACUCCGGAAUCGGUCCAAAAACGCAUCUCCAGUCGUUUGGCAUCCAAAAUAUCGUAAAUGCCCCUGUCGGGCGUAAUUUACAAGAUCAUCUCGUGGUGCCCUUAUACUUCAAAAUGGGAUCAACUUCGCCAGAGCCCUCAAUUCGUGAAAAAAUCAACGACAUGUUCGAGUAUCUCGUGUCACGGAAGGGUCCCCUAUCGACAAUUGGCUCCUUAGACACUACUGGAUUCAUUAGCACCCUUCCCGAUAAAUGCUCCUUUCCAGAUAUCCAAUAUUUGUAUCUCUAUUUUAGGCGAUAUUCGCCCGAUUUGGUUGCUUAUCUCGAAAGUUUGGAUUAUUCAAAGGCUGUUUUCGACACAAUUCAGCGAGUUAACAACGAAACUGACAUUUUUAUUGCUUACGUGGUUUUACUAAACCCUAAAUCCGUGGGUCAUUUGGAGCUGAGGAGCAAAAAUCCCAUGGAUGCCCCGAAAAUUUACGCGAAUUAUUUGGAUCACAAUGACGAUGUUUUGGCUUUUCUUCGGGGAAUUCGUGAACAACGGAAAUUUUUGAAAACUCAAGCAUGGAUGUCAAAUAAUAUCAAAGAUGCGGGUCUAGAAUUGCCGGAAUGUGAUAGAUUUGAGCCCGAUUCCGAUCAAUAUUGGAGCUGCUAUGCCAGGGUGAUGUCCGUAACGGUCUACCAUCCAACGAGCACUGCAAAAAUGGGAAAUAAUGAAAAUUCAGUAGUUGACAGUACGUUAAGGGUUAAAGGUGUGCAGGGAUUGCGAGUUGCUGAUGCAAGUGUCAUGCCGCAUAUUACGAGCGGUAAUACGAUGGCGCCCACAAUUUUGAUCGGGCAAAAGGCAGCGGAGUUUAUUGUCGACGAUUGGAGCGGCGAUAAGAAAUUGUAA